GUCAAACUAUGUGACUUUGGAUUUGCAAGAGCCAUGAGCAUCAAUACACUAGUUUUGACUUCAAUUAAGGGAACCCCACUAUACAUGUCACCAGAGCUUGUAGAAGAAAAACCAUAUGAUCACACUGCUGAUUUGUGGGCUUUAGGGUGUAUACUAUAUGAAUUAUACACUGGUCAACCUCCAUUCUAUACCAACAGUAUAUUCCAAUUGGUCAGCAUGAUUAUUAAAGACCCCCUUCGCUGGCCCAAAGAUAUGGCACCAGUGUUUAAAGACUUCUUACAGGGACUUCUCACAAAGAAUCCUGCACAAAGGAUGACAUGGCCAGAAAUCUUGUAUCAUGAAUUUGUAGCAGAGGGAGUUGUUGUAUCUGAUGAGACCAUGGACCUGAAAAGUCCAUUCACUCGCCCCCUGUCAGCAUCCAUGGCAGUGGCAAAACAGAAACAAGCUCAAGAAAAAAGGCAUCCCCCUGGAACAUCAAAAAUAUUGAACAAAGCUAGAAAAAAGGCAGAAAAGAAAGGGGAGAAACAGAAGGAAGCCUGGGGUACUGACCCUCCAGUACCCCCCUCAGGUCAAGGGGAGGGACAGCCAUUGCCAGUACACCCAGAGAGACCCCACACAAGACAGUGGGAGAAAACUAGCAUUCCUGAAGUCGACCCCACUCCAAGGCCAGAUAGGAUAAGUCAGGACUAUGCCCAGGAGUACCCUAGUAUUGAAGUAGAGAGUAGGAAACUCACCAAGACAACUGACAAACAUAACACUAUUGAGCAGGUUAAAUUGGAGGAAGGACAGGAGGCUGGAGAUAGUGAGGAUGAGUGGCAACUCUGCUGUGAUCAGACUGACCCUGAGAAUGCAGACCCUGAUGAUGUCAUGGCAUUCCUAGGUGACCAACAUUUUAUUGCGAAACUCAAGACAAAACUUGAAAGCACAUCAUCACAGGUUCUUGCUGGUGGCCUUGAGGGCGCUUCACAACUGAGAGUUCUACUUAAGGUCAUUUCUAACAUCAUAACAAUAAAAUGUGAUGCUGAUUUGUUAACAACAUUUCUAAGCAGCACAGGGAUACCUGACCAACAGAUCUACCUCAUACAGAAGAUUGUUGACAGUGCUAAUGUAAAGCAGCAACCUUGGUGUCAACAAAUACUUCUAGAUCUAGUCAUAACCAUCCAUGCUUUCAUUGCAUCAGAACUUGGUCAAACAGAGCACCCAAGUAAAAAGGGGGAGCAGCUGUACUGUGAUAGCUGUAUGCAGUUUUUUGGUCUCAUCCCAAAGCUGUUGUCACAGAAGCUUGAUUGUGACCUCAGACUCAGGGAACAGACUCUCAUGUGUGUCAUCUUCCUUUGUGAGAGCCUAGAGAGGAGUAAGUCUGGUAUCCCAGACAAAUUACUAGCUGGCCUAGCUAAUGAUCACACUUUAACAGUGGAGACAUUUCUUCAUGCUACUCAGGAAGACACUGUUGCCAUAGAACAGCUGCAAGUAUGUGAGGGCAAUAUGGAGGCAGCAGCUAGUAGGAUGCAAGACAUCAUGUCCCUGGGAGUUGCAACAUUAACUGCUCUGACUCAUCAACCUAUUGAGCCAAUCAAUUGCACCAAGGGAAAACAAAUGGUGGCCAAGGCUUUAGCAGGAGUGCUUAUUAUGCAGGAGAAUGAAGACUUAACAAACAACUACCUCAGACUUGUCAUGUUUCCAGAUAUGACUUGUAAUGUCAUAAAGGUGUUGUAUGCCACAAGUCAAGAAUCUACAGGCAUUUGUUCUUUCCUGGCCUGCAGUGCAAGACAUAUGACAAUGAUUUUAGCAGUUUUAGAGGGAAAGCUGCCCAUUGCAGACAUGGAGCUGAAUACAAUGGUAGAGAUGACCAUACAUCUGCUGUGUGUCAUAGUGCUACAACUACAGGAUAUUCCACCAGAUAUUGCUGAUAGUGUUCCAUUGCUGAUCCAGAUAUUCCUGGACUCUCAAAUUGCAAGUCAUACGGCUGCCGCAGCGCUGCUGUUUAGUCAGCUGUUGUUCUCAGGGGUAGCUGUAGAAAUACAAGUAGAGGACAUAUUGGAAGCAGCUGUAUCUAUAUUCACAGAUUUAGCACAGAUUUGCUGCAAAUGUCCCCUUGAGUAUGGUGUAUUGGAUGGGGUACUGCUAUUACUUUGUCAGCUCAGCAUGCAGAGUGAGGUUCCAAUAGCUAGAAUGUAUAUAGAAUGCGGUCUCUGGAAUGCUAUCUGGCACAGGAGUGCCCAGGCUCUUAAUGUCCACCAGCAUGACCCCAAGCUUUCUAUACAGGACUUGGAGGGUGAUGGGGAAGCUGCAAUGAAGCCUCCAGAUUGGGAUCUCUUGUCUCCACAGGGCCUCAUGGCCAUGCUGCAUUUAUCUGUGAUUGUUUUUACAAAGGAGACAUUCCAGUGUGUUCCACAACUGGCCAAUGCUGAUGGGAUCGUGAAUCUAACAGUUAUGCACCUGUUGUCAAAUGAAUUCCUGCAUCUUCUUGCAACAAGUUCAAACCUUACAAAACCAGGGAGUGAGUUUGCCUCUGAUAUCAUAGAGCAGGUGACACAAAUCCUCUGCUUUCCCUUCGCCAUUGAUUUACAAGAAGAUAUGCUAAUGGAAAUAUAUGAAUGCUUUUAUUGUAAGCAAGUUGUGGUGCAUCUAUUGUUUAGUCUCAUAAAGUUUGUAGCACUAGAGCAGUGCCCAGUUCCAAUUGGACUGUUAGCCAGGUUGGUCAUGGGAGAGACAGUGUUUGUUGAGCAGUUUGCUGAAGCUGUACAGAUCACUAAUGGUACAGAUUUCCUUGCCCAGUGUGUGUCUGCUGCAGGGCCACUGUCAGUGAAAUGUGACACUCUAUCAGUGUUCAGUCACAUGGCCCGAUCAUCCCCAAAUUAUGUUGGCCUCAUCACCCGAGUUUUCCAAGGCCUCACAGGGGAAUUUGCUCCGUUAGUGCAGUGUUUAAAACAUGAUAAUGCUAUAGUAAGGUCGAGAGUGUGUGUUAUGCUAGGGAACUUAAUGAGGCACUCUGAUCAACUGUACACAGUGCUUGUUGAAUUGAAGAGACUCUGUGAUGCAAUACGUGAGUGCUUACAGGAUGAGGACCCCAAUGUUAGAAAGGGUGCUAGCUAUGCAAUUGGCAAUGCUGUGUAUCACUCAGGAGAUCUUUAUAGGAUAUUCACUCAGGGAAUACCUCCACUUGUGAAGUUGCUAAGGGACCCCUUCGCAAAAACAAGAUCCAAUGCAGCAAGUGCUCUCGGGAAUCUAUGCAUUCACAAUGGAGAUAUGGUGGAUGCUUUACUAACAUCAAAGGCACACCAAGGGUUGCUAGAUGUUGUAUGCCAUGACAGCCAAUAUUCAGUACAAGAGACAGCAAUCUCAGCUUUAAGGUCUCAGUGCCAACAUGCCAAAAUAAGACAGGAGCUGUGCAAAUUAAGGGCCAUUGACAAACUAUCCAGCAUAAUAGAGACGGGGGGUACCCCAAGGUCGCGGUCUGGGAACAUUGUUGCAGCUAGUUCCAAGCACACAGGCACCACACUUAUACAACAGUCAAAUAAACUUAUAAACAUAUUAAGUGGUAACAAAUGACUGGGAUCUAAACUCACUUUAAACACUAGUGAUUGUGUAUGGCUGGUAUACUAAUCUGAUGGUGUCAAGCUAUAAUGCCACAAAAAAAGUGUUAAUUUUGAAUUGACUGCUUUUUAAAGCACAAAGCAUUUAGUUGAAUCUGCAUGUAUGUGAUUUAUUUAUUUGUUAUCUAUCUAGCAGUAGCAUUUCAUCCGUCCAUAUCAUAAAUAAACACAUACAUUUGACAAUAAAAA